CAGGUGCCUCUUGUUCUUUCAGGUGGUGAUUUUAAAAAGGAGCUGCAAUCACUCCCCGGGACACUCUGACUACAUUACGUCUGGUAUCCACCCCCUUUGUCUUGUCUACAGACGGCUGCUGGAGCACAACCAGAUUCUUGCAGUAGCCAGAAGAUCAAAUCUGGAUGAAGAUAACUCACCUUGUCAAAUCCUUCACACUCAUUUGUUACCUCAUACCAAUUUUAUAGUAGCCUCUGACAGCUCUAACCUACUUAUCAAAUGAGAAGGGAUUUCGCUGCGUUUAGCCAGCAUCAUCAGCUACGGUGAUGAGCACCGUUUUAUAUUCAGGACAAUCGAUUCGCUGACCUUCUGAUCCCAUUAGCCACACACAAACACUCACACAGACACACCUGGUGUUGGCCUUCUGUAGAUGCUUGAAAGUCUUGUGUUUUUAACACCUUGGUUUGGCUCCCUGUCGCCACACCUAGAGACUUUAACAGCUAUACCAAAUUGAGUCCAUCUGCACACUAUAGUGUCCCAUAGAGAACACUGACCUUGACUGUGGGUCGGACCUGUGUAUGUGUUUGCAUGAGUGGGAGGCAGGGAGUGACGCGUCCUGUCUGCUCCGUUUGAAAGUUAGAAGGAGAGCUGAUGCCAUGGAGCAGCCCCGACAAAUACUUUAAAAACAGAACCACUGGGGGUCAGAAGAAGCUCAAAUAGGAAAAACCAGAGAGCUAAAUUAGACGGUUUAGUCAGUUAUUUUCAAAGGCAUAGCACUAAAAAAGUAGUGCAUAAUAAUUGAAAAGUGGAUGUGUGUGCGUGCCUGUCACAUUGUCAGAGCAUAUUAGAGCUGGGCUUUUCUAGGUCGUCUCACUUUGACUGACCUAGAUUUGUCAAAAGAAUCGGGCUAGCUGAGGAAGAUGUGAUGUGACAUUGCACCAUAGUUCUUUUUUAUUUGUUUACUACCUGCUAACUACUUACUGCUAACAUAAACUUAACCCAACAAACAGGUUCAAUUAAAUAUAAGUUGUAAACUGCCUUUUCAUAAAGCCUUGUAAUCACAUCCCGGUAUCCUGCUUGGCCUCUUAUCCCUCAUGAACACCUUUCCUGACUUCUCUACACAUCUUCCUAAUACACCAACCAUCCAGUCAGUGAGUAAGCCUUGCCUUCGGGCCCCGUGGAGGAUGAAUGAUGUGCCCACUCUUGACUACGAGUUGCUGCUGUCCCCGGCCAGCUCUUCGCUCCCUGGCAGUCCUGGCGGUGGCAGCAGCAGCAGUCCCCCGCUGGCUUUGGUUGGGGUGGACACUGAGCAGCGCACAGCCUUGGCCUUCGUAGGCCUCCUCAUGCUUUUCCUGGUCUUCCUGCUGGUCAGGUGCUUCAGGAUCCUGCUGGACCCCUACAGCCGCAUGCCUGCAUCAUCCUGGACUGACCACAAGGAGGGGCUGGAGAGGGGCCAGUUUGAUUAUGCAUUGGUGUAGUGAUGUAACUGUUUUAGAGGGUGUGGAAUGAGGAAUAUUUUAUUGCACAUAGACAGAAUGUUUAAUUUUGUUGUAAAAAUGGACACAAAUUUUGUGAAUGCACUUAAAGAGGGGUAUUUCCCCAAUGUUGGAGUAUAACUAUUUUUUACGAGACUGCAGGACCCUUUGUAACAGGUCUGGUUCAACACAGACAACUGGAAUCUCAGUGAGCCAUACAGACAGAGCAAACGUUGGACCAUGAAUGACAAAUAAUGAGCUGCACAGCUGCCUUAACCUGACUUAUUUAGUCCAAAAUGCUAACACAUCACAACAUCACUUUAGGGCUACAUUUUACAAACUAAGGCUUGUCAUUAUUUAAACACGGUAUGGUUUUUUAAGGACCACAAACACUCACCUUUCACCGUAUUCCCAUGGUGACCAUUUUCCUCUGAGAUCACAGAUGGCUGACAGGUCAAAUGCUGUCAUAAAUUCAGAACAGCCGUGUUCCAGGUUGGAUUGUCAAAAGCUGGAGGUAAAAUCAGCCACAUUUUGAGCAAAUGCAAUCUCUUACUACAGCUUACAUGAGCAUCCAACAACCUCACAGCUAACAUUACCAUUGCAUAACUUGCUAAUGGAAAUGUUAGCUGGAUAGUUAAAGGUUAUGUUUUCUAUUUUUAAGAUUAUGUUAAUUGGCUCCAGUAGUGAUUAUGUAAAGAGUACAUGAUAUGAUAGAAAAUGCAUUCAUUGUUAAAGGGGCUAUAUGUAACUUUCAAAAAUACUGCGUUUGUAGUGAUACCGCAUGGCCGUUAGGCGAACUGCACCAGUAACCUGUUGCUCGCUCUCCCUCGUGUGCUCGUACGUACACAAACUAGCAUCAUCAUCGACCGCGAAACACUGGAUAUUUACUGACAUAAUGUUCACAGAGGAGGUAAGUGGUCAUACACGUGAAAGUCUGUGUGUCUGUAUUCAUUCUACAUCCUACAAACAACAGUCUCGGCAGGCACUGGCUGAGAGCAGGAGUGUGUGAUGAGUUUGUCCGCCUUUGAGAGCUCUUAGGGCGGAUAGAAGUGUGUGGAAGAGUUUGUACUGUUGAUCUCUGUAAGCGGAGCGGAGUGAGGAGGACGUUGAGAACAUGCACAAAAUGUCACUUCCUGGAGCUUUCGCGGAAAAUACGACCCGGGGAAACUUUUUAUACAGGCAACACAGAUAGACAGUGAACAUCUACUUUUUCCACAUCAGUUAACCGUUCACUUAUUAAUGGGCGAUGAAAAACGAUUUAUACAUAUAAAAAGUUACAUAUAGCCCCUUUAAGGAAAAUGUAAGCCAGCUAAUGGUAAAAUUAGCUUGCUAAAGAUUUUUAACUAGCUAACAGCACUAGUGACUUUUUUAUUCAACAUCAUUCAGCAUUCAAGGCUUACAUGUCCAUUACAUAAUAAAAUAAGGAAGGCUCAUUCCUUGCUAAGGCCAAUUUAGCUAGUUAAUGGUAUUAUUAAUAAGCUAAAGGUUAUGUCAAGUAGCUAACUAUAAUGUUAACAAGAAAUGGUUGGAGACCAUAAUUCACUGCUGUCUCCAGUCAAAUAUAAUGUUAUUAACAUUAAUGUUUCUCUCUGGAAUUGUAUCUUUUUUUUUGCUGAUCAAUAGAGAGGCAGUAAAAUGCUGAAACUCCAUUUGAUGUAUAUAAUAUAAUAUAUAUUAUAAUAUGACCAACAAACCUAGAAUACACAUUUAAGAUUCUUCAGCACUUGAGCUGAUCAUCUGAUUUUGAAGUCAGAUAAAAAUGAUAAACUGUGGGAUUAUGGUGCUUAGUGUCUAACCUCAAAGCUGCAUUUUGAUGAGAACAGUCGACAUGCAGAAAACAGGCAUAACUUAAGGAGUUUACACUUGAGCAGAUGCCCUUUAAUGAGUCAUUGUCCAUCGUUCUAUGUUUUGUGUGGACACUGAUCCUCGAGCAGCACUGCAGUUUCAGAUCCAUUUUUAAAAAGCCUGGGAAGGUAGUUUGUGUCUCCAUAAAAUGUUCUGUGUGUAAGUUUUGUGUGUUUCUGUGUCUAUAAUGGAAAAGCCAUAAUGAAGCUACACUAUCUAAUCUCUAAUUACUGCAAGUAGAGUUUAUGUUCACUGGUUGUGUCCUUGGCUUUAGUCAGCCUGCCAAGUGUGUUGAUGGAGCAAACAGCAACCUUUAGGCAACAAAAAGCUUUAUUUUUCUAUUCUUGACUCGAGUUUGGGAGUCUUUUUGCUAUCUUUCUGUCCUCUUCCUGUUACAAUCUUUAGAUCGUGGAUUUCUGAGGUCAUCAUGCAGCCACGUCUUAGAAGGAGGCAUAUUUUUCUGACUAUCGGCUUUGUUUUUGAUACACUUGGUUGAAUCUGUAAAAUAUAUAUAAAAAAAAUGUCUUCUUCAUAUUACCCUUCUUAAAUUUCCUCAGAUAUAAGGACUUUGUGAAAGUCCACAUUGUUUAUGUUGGAGAUUAAAUAAAGUGGUUACUAAUUUA